GGAAAAUUAUAAGUUGUCUGUACUGGUCUGUACUUAGGAAAGGUCCAGCAUGUAACCAUUUAUGUAAUACUCGGUUCUGUCCCCGUUUCUGAAAUCUUACAGUCUGCAGAGGUACAAUGUUUAUACGUUACAACAAUAAUCCGCACUACUCUCAAGUGCAAAGAGGUCGGGGACGACGGAUAGCAAAUGUGAUAAUUAUCAGGACGAGCAAAGAUUCAAACUUUAGACUCAAACUGUGACGAUAAAAUUAAAAAGUAGCUAAAAUGGAUCCGUCAUCGAUAUUACUUACAACAGAUCAAGAAUCACCGCAUCUCAAUACAAGAGGCAUUUUCAAAAACGGCACAAGUUUUUACUGUUUUAUUUGCCAAAAAUCAGAGAAAGAUGCUAGAAAAUGCCUGACGCAUGUAUUAAAGAUUUCCCAUUGUCAAGCCAUUGAAAAAGUCAUCACCAGUUGUGUGGAAAUACACGGGAAUUUUGGCUGCAAAUUGUGUACCGAUUACGUGGCGAGUAGUUGGAAAGAGUUUCUUGUUCAUUUCAAUGAAAGUGGCCAUUCUACAAAGUUUACUCAAGAUGAGCAGCUACAAAUCACUCGAAUUUCAAAUCGUACUCUGGUAAAUAAUCAGAUAAUUGAACUGAAACCAGUAACGUUUUUCUGUUAUUGUUGCAAGGAGACAAUAAUUGGAGGAAACUCUGUCCAAAUGCAUGUUGAAGAGAAAAAACACAAAGAGUUUCAAAAAAAUCGUAUGGGAACGGAUUCACCUAUAAAUCUCAGAGAAAGUGAAUGUAGAAAGUGGGCAAGGAAUUUUAUCUUCAAUCUACGUAGAUUAUAUUUUUAUUGCAUUUUAUGUGACUGUUCACUACCUGGGAAAGCAAUUGCUAAACAGCACAUCCAUACUGAAGAUCAUGUUCAAUACAUGCUUGCAAAAAAUAAUAUUAUUCACCAUUCCCUUCAUGAAGAGACUGUAGGUAUAAAAAAUGCCCAGAAAAAAUCCUCUGAUCAUGCUGUACGGGAUGAUAUAAUAACAGGACCUUACAACAUAAUAUUUACAACAGAUCAAAUAUCACGUAAUCUUAAUGCAAGAGGCAUUUUUAAAGAUGAUGUAAGUUUUAACUGUCUUAUUUGUAAUUCAGCAGUGAAAAAUCUUUACACUUGCUUGAAGCAUAUAUUAGCGAAGACCCAUUGUGAAAAAAUUGAAAAAAUUAUCACGAGUUGUGUAGAAAUUGAUGGAAACUUGAACUGCAAGUUCUGUACCAAUUACAUUUCUAGUAGUUGGAAACAGUUUCUUGUUCAUUUCAAUGAAAGCAACCAUUCUACGAAGUUUACGGAGAAUGACGAGCUACAAAAAAGUCUGGUUUCAAAUCUCACUCUGGUAAAUAAUCAGAUAAUUGAACAAAAACCAGGAAAGUUUUUCUGUUAUUGUUGCAAAGAGACAAUGGUUGGAGCGAGCUCUGUCCGUAUGCAUAUUAAAGAGGAAAAACACAGAGAGUUUCAAAAAAAUCGCAUGGAAAUGUAUCCACCUGUAAAAUUCAUGGAAGGUGAAUGUCGAAAGUGGGCAAAGAGUUUUAUUAUUAAUCUCUACAGGUUAGAUUUCUAUUGCAUUUUGUGUGACCAUUCACUAACAGAGAUAAGAAAUACUAACCAGCACAUCCGUUCUCCAAAUCAUGUGAAAUGCAUGUUUGUAGCAGUUGAUAGUAUUUACCAAUCCCUUCAAACAGAGACAGUCAGUGGUAAAAAUGCUCAGAAAGAAUCUUUUCUUCAUGCAACAUGUGAUAAUACAAUAGCAGUACCUUCAGGGACUAGUCAAUUCAAACAGGAGCUGUUUGAAUGCAAACAUUCCAGCUCCCAAGUUGUAUCUGAAUAUUUAUCAGGACAACACCACAAAAAUUUGAUUGCUAUCGAGGAAAAUAUGAACUCUAGUCCUAAAGGUGAUGUUUCAGCAGAUGAUUUAUCAAGGCCCAUAGUAGUCGAGGAACCCAAACAAGUUAUUAAAAAAAAAGUUUUAAGAAAAACGAUCAAUCCACGAUAUUUCAAUAGUGAUAUGCAGCACAUUUACGACAUGAAUCAAGAAAAACUGAGAAUGAUCAAAUUGAGCAGCCAAUUGUGCUUUCCAAAAGCAUUAAAUGCAAUUUAUUGUUUGAUUUGUCAGAACAGUGUACCUAGUCAAGUACAGACUUUUUAUGAACAUAUCCGCAGCUCUUCACAUGUUGGUUAUUUAGCUCAGAUGGAACGAGAUAAUCAACAUUUCAUAAACUAUACAGAACAAUGGAGUGACCUGAUGCUUUCCAAGCAAUUUCUUCAAGAAAUUUCAGAUGAUACUGUUCAGUGUUUUGCUUGCGACAUAUCUUUGAAAAACGACGAUGCUGUUAUUCUUCUACACGUUCAAAAAGCUUCUCACAACUAUCAAAAACAGUUAUGGAAUAAAGCAAUGGACCAAUUUCUACACGAUAUUUUGAUACAAACAGAAAGCACUUGGUACAACAUUCAGUUUUAUUGGUGCCAGUCUUGCGACAUACAGUUCAAAACGGAAUUUUUCUUCACAGAGCACAUAUAUAACAAGAAUCAUCAGAAAGUCUUAAAAAAAAAGAGCUCAGUUCGGAAGAGACUGGUUUAUGAUACUUGCAUACCAUGCGCAGCCUUAUGGCUGGGCUUUCCUGAAUUUUAUGACCAGCAUUGUAAACAUCCAUUGCACAAAGCCUUGGUGCGAAGCGGAGACUAUUCAAGAUGUGUAUUGCCAAACCAAGCAAAAGCUCUGCUAAAAAAUCAUAAGGUAGAAGUUUCCAGUUUGAUUGAAUCAUCCAAUCAAGUAUUGACUGGCCAAAAAGUCGAAGUCAACUUCCUGUUAAAAUGCUUGGAAAAUACUAUAAGACCACUCUUUUCUGAUGCCAAUGCAUAUCCAUUUGGAUCGCGAGUUUCUGGCUUGGGUUUUCCAGAUAGCGACAUUGACGUUUUCCUAGAUUGCGGUACGUACAAUGGAAACAGAAACUGUGAGGAUGAGGCAUAUCAAAAACACUUAAUAAGUACUGUAGAGCAAUGCUUAUAUGACAGUACCGAAUUAUGGGAAAUACGUGAAACUCUGGUGUCGUCAAGGACACCAAUUAUCAAACUACAUCACAGACCCACAGCACUGAGCUGCGAUGUUUCAUUUAAAAAUGGACUAAGCGUUGAAAAUACCAAGCUAUUGAAGUGCUUUAUUACGAAUUACCCACUAUGCAGAGAGUUGAUGCUAUUUCUGAAGAAAUGGCUUUAUGUAUGCAACUUGUCAGGGUCACGCUCCAUAACAAACUAUGCACUUAGUUGGUAUGUUAUUUUCUAUCUUCAAGUUGAAGAAAUUCUACCAAGCAUUGCCAGUUUGAUAGCGAAGGAGAAUAGAUCCAAAAUAAUUGAUAAUUGGGAGACUGGGAUUUGUGAGAAGUUUGAAGUUGAUGGAAAGAGACGUACAUUCACGGAAUUGUUGAAUGGAUUUUUUAUUUUUUAUACUGAUUUCGAUUUCUAUAAUUCUGUAGCCUGCCCGCUUCUAGGCAAGACUAUGUUGAAAAAAGAUUUUCUCAAACUUCAUUUACUACCAAAAGAAAUGACACCAUAUAUCGAGCAUGUUACUGCAAACAACUAUGAUGACUCUGUGGUGUUCAAAAUCGAUUCAGAAAUGUGCAUUCAAGAUCCUUACGACUUAUCACAUAAUUUGACGAAGGCAGUACACAAGUUUACUUUGAAUCGUUUUAAGCGGUUGUGCGCAGUAAGUGCAGAUACUGUGAAAGGUGUUGGGCAACACUGAGUUGCAAUCAAUCCAUUUUGUGAGAUUUUUUACUUUAUUUUUGUGUAUUUCGUUCAGAACAGAAUUAUUUCAAACUGAUUUGACUAUUUCACAUUUUGCUACGAUAGAUAUUCAAUUUUUGCAAACAAGUUUCUGACACUGGGACCAAUAUUGUGUAUUAAAAAUUUUUGUCUUUAUUUUUUCGUCCUUCCUAUUUUCAAUAAUCAUUCUACACUGUAAUUCACAAUGCAUUUGUAACAAUUCUUAUGAUGUGAACCAUUUAUAAGUUUUAUUGAUUAUUCUGAAGAGCAAUAUUACCAGAACUUCGCUAAUGUGAAAUGCUGAAACUUUUUCUUAACGAAAGGCAUGUUCUAAGCUCCAUGUAUAAAAUCCAAAACUAGAUUUUACAGCUGAUUUAAUAGUUAUGUAAAAUAAAUGAUUGUGAUGAUUAUUCAAAUAGUACACAUACUGUGUUGAAGUUCCAUAUGUUCAGUUUAGAACAUUUAAGCUUAUGAUUAAGGUAAGUAGAAUCAUUAAGCUGUGAAUAUGUAGGUGUUAGUUUUAUUGGCUAUGACACCAAAAUAAAUUUCAUAGGCGAAUUAAAUAUCAGUGAAAUAAGGGUGUGUGUGUUUCAGUUUAAUGUGAAAAACAUCCUUGCAUAUUUUUAUACUAAUUAUGUAAUAUAAAGGUAAUAAACAUAUCCGUUUUGUCAACGUAUUAUUUU